UCGACAGGUAAGUGGAACCUUCGUACCCGUCGGAGGCCGGCAGCGCUAACACGGAGGGUUUCGGCGCAACACUUGAGAACCCGGAAGUGAAGCGCUGCCUGGCUGUGUUUAUGUUUUCGUCUUCGCCCGGCUGGACAACGUAACCUGACGGGUAGGUAUGGCGGUGAGCGCCGUUCACCUGGAGUCAGACGCCUUUCUGGUGUGCAUGAAUCACGCGCUGAGCACGGAGAAGGAAGAGGUGAUGGGUCUGUGCAUCGGAGAGGUGGAAAUCACGCGGAUCGUCCACAUCCACUCCGUCAUCAUCCUCCGCCGCUCAGACAAGAGGAAGGACCGGGUGGAGAUAUCCCCGGAGCAGCUGUCGGCGGCCUCCACGGAGGCGGAGAGGCUGGCCGACAUGACGGGCAGGCCGAUGCGGGUGGUCGGCUGGUACCACUCCCACCCGCACAUCACCGUGUGGCCCUCCCACGUCGACGUGCGGACCCAGGCCAUGUACCAGAUGCUGGAUCAGUGCUUCGUGGGCCUCAUCUUCUCCUGCUUUAUCGAGGACAAGAACACGAAGACGGGACGCGUGCUGUACACCUGCUUCCAGUCCGUGCAGGCGCAGAAGGGCUCCGAGUACGAGCGGGUGGAGAUCCCCGUCCACGUGGUGCCCCGCGAGGCCAUCGGCAAGGUGUGCCUGGAGUCGGCCGUGGAGCUGCCGCGCAUCCUGUGCCAGGAAGAGCAGGACACGUACCGCAAGAUCCACAGCCUGGCGCACCUGGACCCCGUCACCAAGAUCCACAACGGCUCGGUGUUCACCAAGAACCUGUGCAGCCAGAUGUCGGCGGUGAGCGGGCCGCUGCUGCAGUGGCUGGAGGACCGGCUGGAGCAGAACAAGCAGAGCAUCGUGGAGCUGCAGCAGGAGAAGGAGAGGCUGCUGCAGGAGCUGGCUGCCCUGUGAGCCGGGAGGACAUGGACGGUGGGGCAGGACAGUCCAGGGACCACUAUCAGCUCUUUGUCUGCUGCGGUUUUCUGACUCUAAUUGUUUGGUCUACAGAAUGUCAGAACAGAGUGAAAGUUGUCCACCAGAAACCCCCAGGGCCCAGAGAAUGCCUUGUUGAAUGCCCGAUGACUAGUGCACAACUUACUGUACUAAUUGGAUUGUUUUUUUUUAAAUUAAUCCACUAUCUAAAUUGUUGCGGAUUAAUUUUUUGCUAAUCCACGUAGCAGUCUAGGUGUUUCAGAUCUGUAGUUCUUACAGCUCUUAACUAAUGUCUGCUCAGAUUUGUAGUUUUGCUUAUGAUUCUUCUUGGAUCAGAUAGUUCCUGAUGGAAAUAAUUACUUAGCAGAUCCUAUCUGUAUUUUAUUUUGCCACAGUUCUUGUUAAGGGCAGUUUGUGACAAGACAAAAUUAAACUUGUGACAAACAGGUUUGGUUAAAAGAAAAAGGUUUAGUUUCCUCUAACUGAGGUAUCAAGAAAGGCAUAUUUCAGUAUCUGUAUUAGGGCUACAACUAAUGAUUAUUUUAAUUGUUGAUCAAUCUGCUGGUUAUUUUCUCAAUCAUCUGAUUAUUGCUCGGUCUAUAAAAUCUCAAAAAACUGAAAAAUGCUCAUCGCAAUUUCCUAAUGCCCAAUGCGAACUGGCCAGAAGUAUAUGGUCACACCCGUCCACACUUGUUAGUGUGCUGUUUGGUUUUGAGGCUGGUUUCAUGGAUUGGCCUUGAACUGUUAGCUCCAAUAAAGUACAGUUAUAUUUUAGAUGAUCCUGUACUCUUCCUGUAGUCCUGCUGGACCUCACUAAUGUUCUUGCGGCUGAAUGGGAGCAAAUCCCUGCAGCCAGGUCCCAAAACCUUGUGAGGAGCCGAUUAAUGCCCAUGGUGUUUGGAAUGGCAUGUUUAACUAUCACAUAUGGCUGUAAUUUUUAGAUAUCCACGUCACCCACUCAAAGUAGAAACAAAUGGUUAACUGGAAGGAAAACUGAUGGUGUAAACCAUUAAGCAAUUUCUGGUAAAUGGGCAAAAACACUCAAAACUGCAGUUGGCCCAUAAAGAGCCUCCCUGCCUCAUUAUAAUCACUCUGAAUCGGAGCCUACUGAGUCUGUUGAUGGGCCUUUGGACGGAUGAAAGUGUUACUGUAGAUACUUUAAAAUGUAUAUGAAGCUUAUGCGAUGUAAAGUAUGUGUGGGCUGUUGCCCACCAUCAGUGCCAUUUGACUGUUGUUCACGCAGUUUACUGUCUGUAUGCUUCGUCUUUUUGCUCUGCCUUGUCUCGUCAGAUUUGCAGAUCUGACACGUGUGACUAACAUGUGGUGUUUUUCUCUGAAAUGUAUGCACCCCCCAACUAAUGGGUUGUUUUUUUGUUUUUUUUAAAAAAAACAACCUUAUUUUGUUUUCUAUACUGGGAACCAAAUAUACACACACUUCACCGUCACUUCACCUUAGAUCUGAAACAGUUUCAGUCAUUAAUAGUAAAGCAGAACUAUUGAAUAUUUGCAGCAGUACAGCUUUAUGCACACUGCUGGCGAGCACUGUACACGUCUGUUUGCUUUCUGGUUGCGCCAACUGGUAGCCAGUUCAAACUUAGGCCUAGUUAACGCAAUAACUUAAUCAAUAUGGGCUGCACCUCGCAAACUAGUUCUUAUGUUAGAGAUUAGUUGUUGCAAAAUAUCUACACCCAGUAACUUCCAGGUCUAACUGUUACAGUAGCACCAACUGACAAUAAGGUUAACUUCCUGACAUAAUCUGACCUGAAACUUAAUAAAUUCUGUUUUAAAUAAUGGGAAUCUUUAAGAUUUUCAACUACAUUUCACAAAAAUAACACAACAUGCCUCACAUUACAUAAGGUUAUGCCAAUAACAUUGGACUAAAUGAGUAAAUAACGUCAGUUAAAUUAGAAUAAUCAGAUUUUUCCCGACUUAGUCUAAACUGUAUGAAAACGCUUUACUCUGAAACACAGAUUUCUCCAUGUGUGCAGACAUAAGUAAAACAAAUACCUACAUUUACAAAAGAUAAAUCUUAUGUGCCCUCUAGUGCUUGUGAUGCUACAGUCUCUUGUUUGCACAGUUGAUGGCUCUUGAUGGGAAGUAGAAUAUUUAAAUGGGUUUAUCCAGUCCAGCUUAACUACUGAGAACCAGCACCCAU